AUGGCAUCUGGUCCACAACAAAUUGCUCCUCAGUUUGUCAAACCAUUGCCUACUGAGCCUAUCGAAGUUAAAGAAGGCGAGCGAGUUUGUGUAGAAGUACAAGUUUCAGGUGAACCUGUACCUGAAAUUAGUUGGUAUCGUAAUGGAAAACCAUUACAGCCUGGUUCAGAUUGGCAGAUAACGACAGAUCGGUAUAUUUCACGCCUUGAAUGUAACGUAGUAUCUGCGGACAGUAGUGGAGAAAUAUUUGUCAGAGCAGUUAAUUCAGUUGGUCAAACAACUACGCAAACAAAAAUUAUUGUAGUUCGAACCGGACCAGAACCAAGACCUCCAGCUUUCCAAAAACGCCUACAGCCUCGUAUAAAAGUACUUGAACAUCAUACUGUCACUUUGGAAUGCUGCGUCAACGGAUAUCCAGAGCCAACACUAAGAUGGUUCCAUAAUGGUGUGGAGUUCGAACCAGUUGUAAUUUCUUCCCUUUCUCAACAAGUGACCGCUAAAAGAGAACUGUAUGUUGACAAGUCCACGCAUACAUACACGUUGAACAUACACGAUUUAAAUGCUUUUGAUAUAGGUGAAAUAAUGGUUCGUGCAGAAAAUGAACUUGGUAUAACUAUGUGUAGCAGUGUCUUGGAACUAGAGAUACUUGAUGGAAAGAUUGUUGAACCACGUUUCGUUCGUCAGCCACCUGAAAGAAUUGAAUUACAACCGGGAGACAGCGCUAGAUUGGAGUGUGAAGUUGAAUCAGAACCACCAGUUACAUUUAGAUGGUAUUUAAAUGGACUACAGUUAGAUGAGUCCACCAAACAGUUCAAACUGCUCGAAGAUGUUAAUCGCACAACCCUUAUCAUUCCAUCAGUUCAACCAGAAAUUCUCCCAAGUGAAGUUACUAUAGAAGCGGCUGGUCAAACUGGAACGAAAAUUGUCACCUCUUCAGUACUAGUGAUGAUGGCCAAAACAGACGAUGUAGCAGCCCCACAACCUGAACUUCGUUUCACUAGACAACUCCCAUCACAUUUAACCUUUAGUGAAUUAGAUGAAACAAUCACACUUGAUGUAGAAGUCAACAGACCACAGGAAUCAUUUUCAGAUAUUGCUACACUGCUUUUAGCUGGUAUAUGA